GUGCGUGUGGCGGCAAGGCUCCUUCAGUGUUGCACUCGGGCGCUACGCCAUAUCGCGCCUCUUUCGCUGUUGUUGGCUUUAGCACGUGCGUUCAAAUCGGGAGCACCGGCGCCGGCGGCGAUUUGGAUAAUUUCCCUCAUAAACACUUAACAGAUUCCAAUGGGAACGCGGACAGUGUUGCUGUGUGCUUGCGUGGCGGUGGCGAGCGCAAGCCUUGAAGUCGUCAACCAGUGGAGUUUCUUGCAAUUCGACUUCCCACCAGACCCGGUGUUACUCGAGAAAUUCCAACCUGAGAACACCGUGCCGGCAGGUUUAGAAAUCGGAUGGGAUAGGCUCUACCUUGGCAUCCCUCGCCUUCGUGCCGGUGUUCCUGCUACAAUUGCGUGGGUUCCACGAUCUCUUCCACCGGGCGUCAGUCCGGUUUUACAGGCAUAUCCUGAUUGGUCAUGGCACACAGCUGGCCGGGGGGACAUCAACUGCACUGGUCUGAUCUCCGUGUACCGGAUACGCGCUGACCGCUGCAACCGACUAUGGGUACUGGAUUCUGGUGUGAUAACCAGUAUCGAUGACUUCCGAAGAGUUUGCCCUCCCAAGAUUCUUCUAUUUGACAUGGCUACAGAUCGCUUGGUGCGAAGCGUGUACUUCCCGCGGGAGUUGUUGCGCCCUGCUUCCCUUCUCACCAACCUCGUGCUGGACGAGACCAGGUCCAGCUCAAGACACCACGCCCCUUCGUGUGAUAAUAUCUUCGCCUACAUCACUGACACUGUCGCUCCAGGCAUUAUCGUAUAUGAUGCUCGCAGGGACAACGCCUGGCGUGUGACUCACGCCUCUAUGUACCCCGACCCGGAUCUGGGCGAAUACGACAUUGGUGGUGACAAGUUUACCCUCAUGGACGGAGUUGUGGGUAUCGCUCACUCUGCUGCGCAAGGACUUGUGUAUUAUCAGCCAUUGGCCACUGACAGAAUAUUCAGCGUAUCCACGGCAGUACUACAAUCGGGCCCUCCAGCGGAAGGCGCCGAUUUGCCCGUAAACCUGGUCGGGCGCAAGUCAUCUCAGGGCCUCGGAAUAGCAGUCGAUCCUCGAGACGACACGAUCAUCUUUAGCCCUAUGACAGAAACCGCAAUUGCUGCCUGGAACCCCAUUACCAAUUCGCACAGAGUGCUGGCGCAGGAUCCUGAGAAGCUGCAGUUCUGUGCAGAGGUGAGGUGGGUGGCACGCGACAAUGGUGCGGUGUGGGCACUCUCUUCGCGCUUCCACAAGUACUUCAAGCGCUCUGUUUCUAAGCAUGAGAUUAAUGUACGUAUCGUGCGUGUCGUGGAGCCGGGUUUUCGCGGCGGGUACGUCACCGUCCAGCCACACAUCCUUCGCCGAUCAGCUAACUUCACGCCUUCUUUAUUCUAAGCAAGAAAUCUAAUCCGUAUUAAUAAGUCUCGACUUCCAUACAAAAAUAAAUUAAAGUUUUAUUGAAAUAACAAUACAAUCACAUACGUUUAUUAAUUCAGUUAAAUGUAAAAACAUGAUACCAAUACUUAGGUAUAUUUUUAUUACAAUCAAUAGAUUAAUUUUAUAAAGAGGCUUAGCUAACCGAAAGGUUGCAAUUCUAUUCAGUUUUCCAAUAGAGAAUUUGGAGGAACAACUUGCUUUUAAUUUCAUAUUGCUUGGGUUUCUACGAUUUGCGCAGAAGAUUCGCUGAGCGAUGAAAAGCCUGCUUAACUAUGAAAUAAAUGAAACACGUAACAGACCGUACACGCAUUUCGUGUUUUCAGCGAGUACACUGACAGAUAGUGGGAGAUAGAAAUUUAAAAAAAAAUACUGUUUUGGGCUUUAUACCGAUGAUAAUGUAUCCUCCCAUUGAAACUUUUUAAAUACUAUCUAAUAUUUAAUUUACAGAAAUUGACCAGUGACAGUUUUAUUAUUAGUAGGUAAGUAAGUAUAGAUUUGAAGCUCGCAUCGCUCGAGCUUAUAGUGUCAAAUGAUGAUUAUUUCAUCUAUGAACUUUAUUUUACCUACUCAAACAAAUAUUAAACAUGAGAUGUACCUAAAAAAAAUAUCUGAAAAACGUGAAACAAUAAAUAAAAUUAUAUACAUACUGUGGCACCUCGAGGGUGCCAAAAUAUUGUACUUCAAAGCAACUAUUUUAAAUAGAUUCUCAACUAUUUUCGAUAAUUCAGUCAUACUGAACUAAAAAGCUAUUGAAUGGUUUCGUCGUUACACAAUAGAAUUGGACGCGUUUUUGUUUCCUUCAUAAAAAACACUCUCGUCAACAAAUUAAUUAAGAAUUAUAGGUUUCUCGAGAAUUAUUUACUCAUGAAAUCGUUCUUAUCUUUUUAGAGCGAGGUAAUACAGUUUUAAAUGCCAUAAAAUGAAUGUACCUAUGUACCUACAUACGUAAUUUUCCUGUAGCCUUAUUGUCUCAUGGAACACGCUCUCAUUAGUCAAGCCUUUCCAAAUAACCCAUCACAUUUUAUUUAAGUAGGUACGUACUUUGUGAUAUUAAAAUGAAACAGUUUGUGUACCUAGCUAUAGGUACUAGAUGUAGGCACCUUAAUUUGUACAGACCUUUGAUAAAAACGGUAUACCAGUAAUCAAAACAUUUGCUAGGUUAAUAAUUUAUCAUAAUUAUUAAUUUAAAUGUCGAAUGCAGUCUGCGGCAGUAAAAGCCACACAUUUUGUAAAGUAAGAUCUAGUCUUGCGUCAUGUAGGUAUGAUCUUUUUAUACCAGAUCUGCUCAGUGAUUAAUUAUUUUCUUUCUCAAUAAUUUCCUUUGGUCGGAAAUACCUCUGUAUGAAUGUAAUGGAAGAAAUUGCGUUUGUUAAUUUUAAUGUUUAAUAAUUUAGAUUUUUUGUUCUAUGUAUAAUAAUUAUAUCUAUUAUAUAUUUAUUUACGUCUUAAUUUUAUACUAUUGUCUUGUAUAUUCAGCAAAAAUUCUUUCACAAGAGAUGUACACUGUUAAUCCAAAGCUAUAACUUAUAAUAAAGAAUUCAAGUGUCAGCGUGAUAAUAAUAUUAUGUGAUUAUAAUAAUAAUUAUUAAUAAGUUACCACUACUUAAUUUUAAAACUAAGUUAGUGUGUAAACUUAUACCAUAAUUAUUUCUGCAUGCGUUUCAAAUGUAAAGAAUAAAACCCAAUCAUACUACAGAAAAAAGUUUCCAAAUACAUAGUUGAGAAUCUCCUCCUUUUCUUAAGUCGGUUAAAAAGUAAGCAAAAUCAAUAAAGACAGCUCUUUAUAUUGUUGUAAGUAAAAUAUUAAUUUACUAUGUUCAACAUUUAUAGUUAUGGAGAUGGUCUUUACAUUUGAUACGUAUAGUAGGCACCCUAAAUGUAUUUUGUAAUGGCUGUAAGAACAAAAUGCGUAAAAGAUUA